GGCGCAGGGUGUAAAACUAAACUAAAUCGAAAAGAGGGGAAGGGAGUGCGCGGUUGGGUGUCCGGGCGGCCAUUGCGUGUUACCUUGUUCCUCCGUGAAAAGCCGCGUAAGCGUUACUCCAUAUACCGAUUAAAAAAAUCCACAAAAAAUUGUGCGAUCGUGACCUCCCGACGACCGAUCAGCCAACACCACCGUCCCGAGUCCGUCACACCAACCCCAGGAUAAAAGUCCGUGUGCUCGUCAAUCCGAUAAAUCAUCAAAAUAAAUAUAAAUCAAUUGAGGUAACUCGGUGGCGGGGGGACUGGGCGGAUAAUUCACCAACGAAAAUAAAAAUACAGUAGUCAUCGAGGGAACUGUUAACCCACCAAAUUUCAACAAAUAUAAAUAAUCGUCGCGUGGUGGAACGUGAGGCCCGGGACGCAGACGAUUAAACGGCCCGAUGGCUGAAACCGACAAAUUGAAUAUUGACAGCAUCAUUGCUCGUCUCUUGGAAGUGCGAGGAUCCAGACCAGGAAAAAAUGUCCAGCUGACCGAGAUCGAAAUUCGGGGACUCUGUUUGAAGUCACGCGAAAUUUUUCUGUCUCAACCAAUUCUCCUGGAAUUGGAAGCACCCCUGAAAAUAUGCGGUGACAUUCAUGGUCAGUACUAUGACUUACUCCGACUGUUCGAGUACGGUGGAUUUCCACCCGAGAGCAACUACCUCUUUCUAGGUGAUUACGUUGACAGAGGCAAACAAUCGUUAGAGACAAUAUGUCUCCUGCUGGCAUACAAGAUCAAGUAUCCCGAGAAUUUCUUUCUCCUUCGAGGUAAUCACGAGUGUGCCUCCAUCAACAGGAUAUACGGAUUCUACGACGAGUGCAAACGUCGUUACAACAUUAAGUUAUGGAAAACAUUCACGGAUUGUUUCAACUGUCUGCCGGUUGCUGCCAUCGUCGAUGAGAAAAUAUUCUGCUGUCAUGGUGGUCUCAGUCCAGAUUUACAGAGUAUGGAACAGAUAAGGCGUAUUAUGAGACCAACUGAUGUACCAGAUCAGGGAUUACUCUGUGACUUGCUCUGGUCGGAUCCGGACAAGGAUACCAUGGGAUGGGGUGAGAAUGAUCGUGGAGUGUCAUUCACCUUUGGAGCGGAAGUUGUUGCCAAAUUUCUACAUAAACACGAUUUCGAUCUCAUCUGUCGUGCCCAUCAGGUCGUGGAGGAUGGCUACGAGUUCUUCGCAAAACGACAACUGGUCACCCUGUUCUCAGCCCCAAAUUACUGCGGUGAAUUUGACAACGCUGGUGCCAUGAUGUCCGUUGAUGACACCCUGAUGUGCAGUUUUCAAAUAUUGAAGCCAGCUGACAAGAGGAAAUUUACGUACGGUGGCCUGAAUUCCGGCAGGCCGGUAACGCCGCCCAGGGCGCCCAAUAAUAAAACCAAAAAGAAGUGAAUUCAUAACUGAGGUCGAUUAACAAUUUUUUCAUUAACGACGCGGAGACUUUAGGAAUCUUAAGACCUCUUCAGACAUGGAUAAAAAAGAAAGAAAAACAAAAAUAAGAAAACCGAGAAAUGAAAAUAAUCAUCUUUUCCCCUGCAUCAGAAAGUAAAUGAAAACUUAUUCCUUUUCCCUUUUUCGUAUACGGAGAAUAAUCAUUGAUCAUUGUCAGGAUCCUCCAUGGAGUCCAUCAUCACUUUUUUAAUUGAUUGGGGGUGGCAGCUCCAUGGAGAGGACGAGAAAUACCGGAGCGUAAUGUUUUUUUUUUCCCUCAUUUAUAUUUUUUUUUAAGGCACAUUUCAAUGUAAUGGAGGGUGAUGAUAACCGGGUGGUCAUCAGGAUGGUGGGAUAAAAUGGGGUUAUCCAUAGACGAAACCGAACCUCGGGGAUUGCAAUGAGACUCGGUAUUUGUGAAUUCAGUGUGAAAACUAGAUGAGUCAAGCCAACUUCAGGAGGAGUUUAUGAUCGGUAUCUCGGAAUCUCGGGGAAGUGGGGAGUUCUUCGUGAGGAUUUUUUCGUGGAUCUCGAGUCGAGCUACAAAAAUGGUCUUACGAAGAAUUUUCAAUUUUCCGUGGUUUUCGAGAUGUUGCCGAAAAUCGAUCUGUUUUGACAUGAAACUGACAAUUGAAUCGAUUCAUUUUUGGGAAGAAUUUCUCUUCAAUAUCUCGGAACCUGAGACAGAUGGAGAAUUUUCUAUGGGAGCUUUUUUGUAGAGCUCAAUAAGAACUACAAAUGAGAUCCUACGGAAAAAUUUUCAUCUCUUCUAGAUUUUGAGAUAUACUGAAAAAACCGACCGUGCUCUAAAGUAAAACUGGCUCAUCCUGAUAUAUCACUUUGCUACUAAAUCGUGGAAACUAUUCGUCAUUGUAGAUGAUAAAUUGAUACUUGUUUAUGUAAUAAAAUCAUCAGCCUUUACCGAGGACUCGAUGAUAAUUGUAGCCAGGCUGAGAAGAAUAGUAAUAAAGUGAAUUUUGUUGUAUUCGAUGUGUGAAGCUCGAUCGAAAAAAUAA